AUGUCAGAUGAUAAUACACGUCCAUUAAUAGUUGGACAAGAAGUUCCAGAGACACCUUAUCCCGUUAAGAUGAAAGGUGAAGUGAUCAAAGGAUUUGGACGUGGUAGUAAAGAGCUUGGAAUUCCAACAGCAAAUUUACCAGAAACAUCAUUUGAAGAAAUUUGUAAAUGUAUGGAACCAGGAAUUUAUUAUGGAUGGGCACAAGAGGUUCAUAUAAUGCAUGAAUUUUCAGAGGAAUUUUAUGGAAAAGAGUUACGAGUGAUUGUUUUAGGUUAUAUUAGACCAGAACGUGAUUAUAUUUCAGUUGAUUCCCUUAUUCAAGAUAUUAAUUUUGAUAUAAAAGUUGCAGAGAAUUCACUUGCAAGAGAUUCCUAUGUUAGUUAUAAGAAUGAUUCAUUUUUCAUGGAUAUUAAAACAUCAAUUAAAUAA